AUGGCCUGCUGCGCUACUAGCUUCUGUGGCUUCCCCACAUGCUCCACUGGUGGCACCUGUGGCUCCAGCUGCUCCCAGCCCAGCUGCUGCCAGCCCAGCUGCUGCCAGCCCAGCUGCUCCCAGCCCAGCUGCUGCCAGCCCAGCUGUUGUCAGUCCAGCUGUGGCACUGGCUUUGGCCAGGAGGGUGGCAGUGGAGGCGUGAGCUGCCGCGUUAGAUGGUGCCGCCCAGACUGCCGCGUGGAGGGCACCUGCCUGCCCCCCUGCUGCGUGGUGAGCAGCACACCCCCAACCUGCUGCCAGCUGCACCAUGCCCAGGCCUCCUGCUGCCGCCCAUCCUACUGUGGACAGUCCUGCUGCCGCCCAGCCUGCUGCUGCUACUGCUGCCAGCCCAGCUGCUCUGAGCCCAGCUGUUGA